AUGGCCCAGUCAUGUGACAGAGACCAGUCCCCGUGUCCCUUUGCGGGGGCCAGUCAUGUAACAGAGACCGGCCAGAUUAGCCCGCACCGUUUGGGUUCAAUAAGGAUACCUGAACCGUUCCACGCCUACAGCUGGGUUAGGGGUCUGAGUGUGUGUGUGCGUUUGUCUGUGUGUGUGUGUGUGUGUGUGUCUGUGUUUCAGGAGCACCACCUGCAGAGGGCGAUGUCGGCCCAGCAGGUGUUCAGGGAGAAGAAGGAGAACAUGGUGAUCCCUGUCCCUGAAGCCGAGAGCAACACCACAUACUACGAGCGUCUGUACCGAGGAGAGGUCAGCGUCCCCAAACAGCUGAUCCACAUUCAGCCUCUGGGUGUCGAUGUGGAGCAGCCGGACUAUGACAUGGACUCGGAGGACGAGAUGCUGCUGAACAGACUGAAGAGGAAGACGGAGAUCAGACCGCUGCAGUUUGAGAUCAUGGUGGACCGUCUGGAGAAGGCCAGCACGCACCAGCUCUUGUCUGUGGCGGAGGCCAAGCUGCUGCUGAAUGAGGAUGACUCCCUGCUGAAGGCGGCUUAUGAUUACUGGGUGAGGAAGAGGAAGAACUGGCGAGGUCCAUCCCUGAUUCCUCGCAUCAAGCCGGAGAGGAGAGACGGAUCCACCAACAGCGACGCCUACGUGGCCUUCAGGCGCAGGACGGAGAAGAUGCAGACCAGGAAGAACCGUAAGAACGAUGAGGCGUCGUACGAGAAGAUGCUGCGGCUGAGGAGAGAGUUUAGCCGAACGGUCGACAUCCUGGAGAUGGUCAAGAGGAGAGAGAAGUCCAAGAGAGAGCUGCUCCACCUCACCCUGCAGCUGGUGGAGAGGAGGUAUCAGAUGGAAGAUUUCAGCGGAGACACUCUGAGAGAGGUUUGUCUUCCUCUGCUGGAGAAAUCAGCGUACUGCAGCCCGUCUGCUCUGAACAGCAGCAGCCAACACAACAGUGACGUCAACAUCAAGAAGAAGCCACAGUGCGUCCGAGACGAGCUUCCCUUUAACCCAAUCAGACAAAAGAAGAAGAACGUGAGGCGGGACAGGAAAUGUCCUCUCCAGAGACAUCCUGGCCGCUCCCCUGCUGUCUUCACCGUCAACAUGGCCAACAUCAAACAGUACGACUUCCACAGCUCUGGAGAGGAUGACACGCCACCGCCGCUGUCUCCGCCGUCUUCCCCCGAUGAAGAAAAUCAUCCUGAUGGAGUUUUUGUCUUCAGGAGAAAAGAUGGAUGUCAAUAUUUCUCUCCUCGUACGGAGCAGACGUGUGGAGUUUAUCUCGUCCCUCAGUGUCUCCGCCACUCUCUGGCUGAACUUGCGCGGCAUCCUCAUUGGACAGGACUGAGCCGCCGCCGGAUAGGACGAGGGGGCAGGAUGGUUCUGGACCGGGCCUCCUCAGCUCUGGACCCAGUCCUGCAGCAGCUGGACUCUCUAACAGACCCAGUCUGCAGGACCCUCCUGAGGGGCUCUCUGAGUCCAGGAAGCAGCUUCUCCUCCCUGACUGAAGUCGUGAACAGCAUCCAGACCCUGCAGAGGUUCUGCUUCAGACCCAAACGGGUCCAUGUCCGUAGGGAAGGGGACAACUGGUCCACCAGGUCCCAGUCCUUCCAUUUGUCUCCAAGCAAUGUCUUAGAUUCUCACGAGUCGGAGAGACUUCUGAACGGACGGGCAGAGAACAUGCUGGAGGUCACAUGA